GCGUGACGACUACGGCCAUCUCACCACCCACAUUGGAAAUGUGAGCAAUCACUGGAGGAAAGAGAGGUUCUUGGCUUUCCGAUCCAUGGCGUGGCCCUGGUCAACUUUGUCCUGCGCACGUCGACUCCAAACAUGCACAACCACCUCGGAAUCUCGCUUGAGCCCCUGUGGCGUUGCUUCGGAUUCCGCUCCUCACCGCCGUCCACCUCCAUGUCGUCAACACCGGGACACAUAAUUAGUUGAAGCGCCAUCCAAGGCGAUACCAGACCAAGCAGCACCCGAGCAGGUACCAUACGCCAGCCACGAGGCCAUCCCGGGCAUGGGCACGGCCAGGCUUUGCAAAUCCACAGAUGGCAAGUUGGGGAGAAUUCACGACGGCCUCAGUCAGCGAUGCACGAUGGCGCACCUGAUCCACUGCUCGGCACAUUAUCCACCCUGGUCAGGGUGUGUGAAGGAUGGAGGAUGAUGGGCUGCAAGCUAGGGCCGAAGGGGAGGAACAACAGUCAUCUCGCCCAGCCCCAAAGUUCUUGGUUCCACGUCACCUGACAAGGGAGGCGAUCACAGGAACAAAGUGUGGCAGACAAGCAGCCAAGCCUUGGGGGCCAGGCCGGACAAGCAGAACAGACUGGCCAGGCCAGGGUGUCGCCACUGCGGGGAAGCACAAACCCAUUGCCUGGAACAGCCUUGAUAUGAGUGGUGGUGCAGAUGAGUGCGCUGAGUGCUGGGUGAUUAUGGCAAAGCACAAGCACCGUGACAAGGGAGUCAACCUGGCAGCUCAUGCGGAUGCAGCAGAAGAGUGCGGAUAUAGACAGCAUGCACACAGAGCCGAGGUAGUCCGACACCCACUAAGUUUGGCCCAUCUUUCGCUCUCUCAGCCUCCAUCCAGAAUCAUAGAAGUCGCAGGCAUCCACCGUUCAGAGCUGCCAGGCUGCAAUGACGGCUAACCGGAUACUCCGGUGCAGCAAACACUUGACCAGAUCCCUGGCGAGCGGGCUUCGAGCGGGACAAACGUCGUUGCAGGGUCAUGUCGCAGCGGCGGGUCAUCCAAGGUCCAUCCUGCAAGGAUACACAGCGCUUGGCCCGCCUGACGGCAACCCAUCGUGGGGGGCGGCCUGGCGAGGCAACGGCGAAGCGCCGAGGUUGCCAAUGGUAAACUUGUUUUCGA